AUGAAAUUAAAAGAAUACUUUAGUUCUCUUGUCUCAAGACGAAAAAGUAAUGCAUCGUCAAAAUAUCAUAAACCAAAGGCGCAUCAUCAAUCAAUAUCAUCAACCGAUUGUCAUUAUGAAAUAUGUGGAUACGAAGAAACAAAUAAUGAUCCCCUUGAUAAUCGUUAUACUCGUACGGAAAUGCUUCUCACACGUCAUGCUCAAUUAGUCAAUACAAUUAUUGGCAUACGUUCACAAGAGAAUCUGUGUAGUACAUCAUGUUCUAAUUGUCGAUUAUUUCAUCCAAUACAAGAACCAAAUGUAUAUUUAAGUCGUCACUAUUCAAGUACUCUAGCAACACGUAAGCCAAGUCGAGAAUGUCAAAAUCAAGCUAUUAUAUCAUCGAGUAAUACUUCUAUAUCGACAAAAACAAGACAGCGUUCAAGAAUUCGAACAAAUCCAUGGAUUCAAACUAGUCGAAUAUCAAAACCCGAAGAUUCAAUCUAUGAGCCGCCAUCAUCAUUAUCGACACUUAUACAUUCGGAAUCAUUUCCACAAACAAUAUCAAAUGGAAAUAUUCAUGCGAUAAAUCAGUCGAAUGUAAAAUUUCAUCAAAGUGACAGUGGCCAUGGAUUUUCAUUAUCAAGUUCGAGAGCUAUCGAUUCAUCGUCAUCACCUGAUAAUACAAGUAUUGAUGGGAUUUUGUUUGAUGAAAAACAAAAUGUUUUAUAUACAAAUCAAACCGAACAAUAUUUUCAUUCGAAGACAGCAACGUCUUCGGAUAAUAGAAGAAAAAUAAAGAGAUCUGCUCAAGCUCGUUUUCAACGUUCAUCAAAUACACGAAUAUCUACUAGUCCGAAACGGUCAGCCGAUCAGAACCAUCAUUCACAUAGUUCAUCGCCUCGAUUGUCAAAUGAUCAUUUUUCAAUUGAAUUCGAAGAAAUCGUUGAAAAUGCAUAUCCGCAUAAACUGCAAUCUCCAACACGAAAAAGUCCAUUUAUAUUACCAUUGGACGAAACCAAUGUUAAAUUAGCAUCUUCAUUAUCAAUAUUACAUCCGCCACCGGUAACAAAUUUAAUAAAAACAAAUUCACGUACGAUAUUAAGGCACAUUGAAGAAAUUGAAAAUGAAAUUCGAAUGAUUAAAAAUUUAAAUUUUGAUGACGAUAAAUCGAUCGAUUUGUCCAUUGUCGAUUCAAAAGAAGGUCAACGACAAACAAUGUAUGAAGAAGUUGAUCAAUGGGUUGAAAAUUUUUUAACAACUGCAGAGAAUGAUUCACUGAAUUUUCUUCAUACGGAAUGUAAUCAUUUAUCGAAUACGAUGAAGGAUUACGUUGCAUGUGUAUGCUCGAAUGAUACUUAUUCAACAUCAUCCGUACCGAAAUCUCAAAGUAAAACCGAAAUAAUGACAGCAUUCUAUAUAAGUACAGUACCGGCAAUCAAACAAGUAUUUUCAUGCAGUGAUCAGUCAUUGGAUCGAUCAAAAUCUCAAACAAUAAGAAAUGAUUUGAAAUUUAUGUAUGAAUGUCCGUUUUGA